AUGAGCCUGAACUACGUCUUUUUCUUGCUCUUCACAUCAGUUUUCUUCCCCUUGGUGAACUGCUCGAACAAGUCUGCAACUGAUUCUUUGGAUGCUUUACUUGAAGAUUUUACUUCGAAGGCGCUUGUCAGACACUUGCCUCACACUGGUGUCUUGUACAAAACUAUCCCGCCGGCCAAUUUAACAGGCAUAGAAGUCUCAAUUUUGAAGAUAAGAAGCCGGGGAUUGUGGUGCAAAGGAGCUAAUUUUAGCUACUUUAGCAUACCCUCAAGAACAAUCUCUUUGCCUCAUGUAAGAAGACUUGCUUUGGUCUACCAAGACAUGAAAAAUUGGUCUUCUCACUACUACACAGUACCAGGCUACUCCUUAAUCACUUCAGUUGUUGGUUUCAUGGCUUUUGAUGCAUCAAAUUCAAGUGCCGAUAGCUUCACAAAGGUCAAUCUAACCACUAUGGGGAAGCCUAUUUCAAUUCAUUUUCGCCACUUGACACUCGCAGAGAGCACAAAAUCCGAAACAAGAUGUGUAACAUUUGCAGCUAAUGGAAGCUCUUACCUUAGUGAGAUGAGUUCUUUUGGUGAGUGUCAGUCCAGAGAGCAGGGUCAUUUUUCAGUAGUUAUUCCAGAAGGCAACAGUGUCCAAAGAAAGCAGAAUGUAUGGCAUUGGUGGCUGACUGGCUUUAUUCUUGGAUUUAUUGUUCUGGUGUUGCUGGGUUUUGCUGGGAUUUUCUUUAUGAGGAUCUUAAGAACCAAGAAGAUUCAGAUAAUGGAAAGACAAGCUGAUGAAGACUUGGUUCUUACAAGCAGAUGGGUUGGUCAGAGCAAAAUGCCUUCUGCUGGAGUAACAAGAACACAGCCUGUUCUUGAGAAUGGAUGUUUCACAUGA